AUGUCUAAGAGAGGAAGAGGUGGUUCCGCUGGAGGCAAAUUCCGCAUCUCCCUGGGUCUCCCAGUCGGGGCAGUUAUCAACUGUGCCGACAACACAGGAGCUAAGAACUUGUUUGUUAUUGCUGUCCAUGGCAUCAAGGGUCGUCUCAACAGGCUGCCAGCAGCUGGCAUUGGGGACAUGUUUGUGGCCACAGUCAAAAAAGGAAAACCAGAACUUAGGAAAAAAGUAAUGCCAGCAGUGGUCAUACGUCAGAGGAAACCAUUACGAAGAAAAGAUGGGCUGUUCCUUUAUUUUGAGGACAAUGCCGGGGUGAUAGUCAACCCUAAAGGGGAGAUGAAGGGAUCAGCUAUCACGGGGCCUGUUGCUAAAGAAUGUGCUGACCUCUGGCCUCGAAUUGCCUCCAACGCAAGUUCCAUUGCUUAG